AUGGCAACUCUAGGAAAUAUGAAAAUCGGACUGUCUGUUCCACGACACGCGAAUGUGCUUAAUAAUAUGAAUAUUGAUACUGAGCGGCAAACAACUACUCCUUCUAGACAUCGAACGUUUACUAAAGAAGAACUAAAAACAAAAUGCCAUCCUCGUCAGUGGAUCCACGUCAUAUCAUCGCAUGUUGGACUCGUACUUUUAUUUUUCACGUACGUUGUCAUUGGGGCUUUCAUUUUUCAAACUAUCGAGGCACCCCGCGAGAGACAGGAACGUCAGCGACUGACCGAAAUGAGGCAAGUACUCGUGAAGACGCUAUGGGGUAUAUCGGCAACAAAUCAAACAAACGGAACCGUUUUAAUACAGUAUUAUUUAGGCGAGUGGGAAGAGGCAAUAUUGAACAGUCGUAUUUCAUUAAGUGAAAAUGAACAUCAUUGGACGUUCACCGGUGCUGUGUUCUUCUCCUCGGCAACAAUAACAACAAUAGGUUACGGUAAUAUUGCUCCUGUGACUACCAUUGGACGUAUACUAUGUAUAUGUUACGCCUUCAUGGGCAUUCCAAUUACUCUAUUGGUGCUGAGUGACGUUGGUGGCUUACUUGCAAGAUGGGGCAAAAUAGCAGCAAUAAUUGUCACACGCAAAAUAGAGAAGCGGAAAGAAAGACGCAAAGAAAGGGGGAAUCGAAGAAUGCCCACUAUUAUGGUUGAGGACUUGGGGAAUAAAAUGACGAAGGAGCGAUACCCAUCUAAAUAUUCAGUAGUACCUAAUGACGUCACCGACUCACGUGACGAGAAGAUGGCAGGAAGCAGCUAUGAUGACGUCCCACGCCGUGACGUCAGUCGGGGUCCAGACAUUCGGCAAAUGAAUGAUACCGUGUUAUCAGCACGUGUUUGGGACCGACUCAUGAAAAGUUCAGUGACUUCCGAUAUCAGCCGAAGUGAGCCCGACUUGAGAUCCGACAGAGAUGCCCAAAUAACAGCAAUGAAACUCAAUAUGAAUAACCCACAAGGCACGCGGGAUGUCAUUGAAAAGGACGCAGAUAGCAAUUCCACUGUCAAUGAAAGUUACUGCGGUUCCAGGCGUCCGAGUGGACAGUUUCUCGAGGUAGUUGACAGGAACGCCAUUGGCGAAUCGCAGGAUAACAUAUCUGAAAGCAGCAAAUCGUCGCAACGAACAAAUGUCAUCCUCGUUCCAGAGCCAAUUGCACAGAACCAAAAAAGAAUAACGAUGUCACGUGGUAAAAAAUCUGAUGUCAUCGUUGCAAACGAGUCGACUGGCAAGUCUGGGGUUAAAGAGAGCGAGAUUGCGACGUUUCAUUUUCCGAUAUGGCUAGCAAUUGUAAUAUUAAUUAUCUAUCUUUGUCUCGGGGGCUUCGUUUUUUCUCUGAUUGAGAAUUGGUCUUUUUUCGAGUCUUUUUAUUUCUGUUUUAUUUCGCUAAGUACAAUCGGCUUCGGGGAUGUCAUACCUGAAAACAAAGGCACAAUUUUGACAUUAUCGAUCGCCUAUGCCAUAUUAGGCCUGGCAUUGACAUCCAUGUGUAUCUCAUUAGCAUCAACUGCCAUUUUAAACAGUCUUUCUCGUCUUGGACAACUCACUGAAUACUACAAAACGCGCCAAUGGAAAAACGUCAAAGUCUAUAGGUCUUUGUAUGUUAGAGGGCGAUCGCUACGACGUAGGUUUUCGAGUCGAAGGCGAGGCAGGGCCGGCCAAUUUGCAGCGUCAAAGCGUACACCGAAGCGAGGUUCUUCUCUCCGGCUUCCUGGGAAAUUUGCGAUUGUACGAAUGGAAACGCCAAGCAGUUCACCACAGCUAUAG